UGAACUGUCAACCUACGUCAUCAUGCACUGGUCUUACGGUUAGCGGCAGCAUAGGUAAUAGAAAACCACGUGUUGCAUACUGUUUCCGUAUUCCCACGCUUCGUUCCCAUAGAAACCAGUAUUAGCAACGGUUACUAUGUUUUGAAUAAACAAAACACAUUGUGUAACAUUCGAUCGUUAGGUUGCAAUAGUAUGGUUAUAUUAAUGGUCAGUAGUAAAUCAGCGUGGAGGACUUCUACUAAUUUUCUUACAAAUGUCAGGAAUAUAUAAUUAAUAAUUGAUUUCAAUGGGAAACCUUGUUCAACGUUGUUUUUUAUGUUCUCAACCGGAAGACGAUGUAAUCGAACUAUUGUUAGUAGGGUUAGAGAAUGCAGGAAAAACCGAAUUAGCUUACAAAAUAUGUGGAACUAAACGAGAAGAGCAUUUGCAAACAAAGGGAUGCAGAGUGUACAACGCAAAUAUAGGAACAAAAGUUCAGCUAACGGAAAUUGGCGGAGCACCAGAGUUCAGAGACCUUUGGAAAUAUUACUUUUUAGAUAUGUAUGGUGUAAUAUUCGUGCUGGAUGCUUCUAGUAUUAACAGUAUAUGCCAAUCUUAUAGCAUAUUCAAAAAUCUAAUGGCACAUGACUUCCUGAUUGGUAAACCUUUUCUUAUCAUUGCCAACAAGCAAGAUGUUCCGGGCUCUGUAGACUGCAUAGAUAUAUGUGAAUACCUAGACAUUGAGUUCUUAGCCAAUAAAUUUAGGAAUCCAUGCAUGGUGGAAGCAUGUGGAAACUGGACCCGUGAGUCGAAUGAAUACGAUGGGCUGAUGUCUGGAAUGAGUUGGCUUGUGAAAACCGUACUAAGCAACAAACAAUUUCUUACUAAUAGAAUUAACUUCCAUCGCGUUAUGUUGGAACAUAGUUCAAAACUGUUCAAAAGCCAUCGCCCUUGCACCGGAAUUCGCAGAAAGAGGUCAAAAUACACCAUUCGAGACCUACGACCAAAAACGGCUCCCUCUGAAUAUCGCAGCUGGUUGGCAGAAAACGGCAAUAAUUUUUUGACCAGAAAAGAUAGCGUUACAUCCAGAAGAAGUGGGAAAAGUCAGAUAACUAUCAUCGAAGCCUCCGGAACCACAACCGAUUCAAACACUACCAACCCGGAAGGAUUAUCGAUGGUUGAAGAAACUGCUGAAUGUAUGGAAGUGAUCACGAUGAACAAAAACCACACCGAAACUAUUGUACUUAUAACAAAUCGGACAACCGAAGAUUUAACUGUAGAGGACCUUUCUUUGACACUGCAGAGUACAGAAGUGAACAAAUUAUCAAACGGAAUUGUAGCAUAAAAGUAUAGCAACAAUUCUAAUAAUGAACAGGUGCCAAAUAAAUUAAGAAUUAAGUAAUAAUUCUAUCAAUGAAAUCAUAACAAUUGGAUGAAAAAUGUAAAAAAAUGGAUUGCAAUAAAUAUUGAUAGGUACACA